AUGUUUAACAGAGGCUUUGUUGACGCCCUGAUACACCGUGACCCGCUCGCUUCUUUCACGCCGGAACUCCAGUUCGCGGACAAGCCGCAUACCAUCAACGUGAUGUUCCUCGGCUGCGACUCCGAUUGGGACCCCACAAGCCGAACUAUUCAUGCUCUGAGUGUUCCCCGCGAUACCGCUGUGCAUAUUCCGCAGCGCGGCUACAACAAAAUCAACGCCGCUCAUGCGCUUGGUGGCCCGGAACUAACCAAAGAAACUGUUAAAAGCGUUUUCGGCAUUGAUGUUGAUUAUUACAUGACGCUGAAUUUCGAUGGCUUUAUGAAAGUCGUGGACGCGCUGGGCGGUGUAGACAUCAACGUUCAGAAAAAACUGGAUUAUGAUGACAACUGGGGCAACCUGCACGUUCAUCUGAAACCGGGUUUCCAGCACAUGAACGGCUACCAUGCUAUGGGCUACGUUCGUAUUCGCCAUUCCGAUGACGAUAUUCAGCGCACCGCCCGCCAGCAGGAUUUUCUGGAAGCCCUGCGCUCCCGCAUCAAAAGCCCGGCCAAUCUGUUGCGUCUGCCCAACGCCCUGAACGCCGUGACUGACAGCGUCAAAACUGAUAUGACGCAGGAGCAGAUGAUCACAGUCGCGAAUUUCGCCCGUCUGCUGGAUCGCAAGAACGUUGAGGUUGGAACCCUGCCGGUGACGGAAGGCCCCAGUUACGUCUAUAUCAAACGGAUGGAAGACGCGGCGAUUAUCCGCAAAUUUUUCUAUGAUGAUGACCGGUUCGCGGAAGUCGCGGUAAAUGCGCCCGGCGAAGAUAUUGUAGCGCGGUUGUCGCGCAAAGCGAAACAUAAGCGGCAUGGCAAACACGCUAUAACGGUAGACGGCCCGCAGGACGACGACGGGCAACCGUUGCUUUCCAAAAAGACCCGCCGCCCGGGGGAGAAAAAGACAAACACCCCCCCCCCCCCCAAAACCCCCUGCGGGCGGCGCGCCGCGCCCCCCCGCGCCCGGCGCCCCGGCCCCCCACACGCCCGCCCCCCCACAAAAAACCCAACCACAGCCGCCGCCGGGCGGGGGGGGGGGGGGGGGGGGAUGGCGGCGACAAAAGCGCGCCUCCGCCCGCAGCCCCGGAGCGCAAUAAAGGCGCUGGCACAACCGACACAGGCGAAAAAUGAUGUGAUAGGCCAAUCCCUAUUUCAGGUAACCUUCGGGCUAUCGCCCGCGCAGAUCAUUGGCGGAGCGUUGUACAGCGGUAGGGUUCAGCCUGCUGUAAUGGUGGCAGCAUCAGACUUUAAACAGUGA